UGUUUCAGUGACGUGACGCGUUCACCGAAGUACUCAGCCAAACCGUAAAAAUGAAAGUCCUAGCCAUCGCCCUUGUCUUCGUGCUUGUUGCUGGACUGAUCACCACCACGGUUGCUCAAGGCGACGAAAGUGAAGUGGCCCACGUUCGAGUCCGCCGGGGUUUCGGUUGUCCUCUCAACCAGGACGCCUGCCAUCGCCACUGCCGUAGUAUUGGUCGCCGCGGAGGCUACUGCUCCGGGAUCAUCAAACAGACCUGCACUUGCUACCGCAACUAGAGAACAAGAAACGCACAGGCCCUCAAUUCCGAAAUGGUGCAUGGCGCCUCGAGGAAGGGAAUUAAUGUCUGCUUGUGUGAGCUGACGCGUGACAGCAAUUAACUGGGCGCCAUCGUCGGCCGGUCGGCCAUGCGCCGCUUGCUUUGCUAGUCGAAAUAAUCCUACACCCUGCAUUGUAAUCUUUGUAUUCGUAAUAAAUGAUAUUGCAUCGCAGCUGCUGGCAUCGUUAUUGGGAAUGGUGCCCUAGUUUUAUGAUCGGCUUGGAUACAGACUGAGUACGAGAAACUAUAUAAGAGUAAGAAGAGUGCUUAAAUAAACAAAAACUGAAUAACUAUUCGUGUUUUAGGACUGUUGUUUUCGAACGGUGCCACACAUUCAAAAUAGGUGAAUUUAUUUGGGAUGCUCGAAAUUUGAGCGCUCCGUU